GUCACAUAGCUGAGCGAAAGCCUACGUGACAAUAGAGUGUAAGGGAAAGAAGGGCAACACUUCUUGGGCGGUUCUUUAGCGCCUCUCUCCUUGUAGCGGUUCUUCGUAUGUCCCGGCGGUAAGAUGGCUUCGCUGGUAGUUGGUCGAUUCCUGCGGAAGACAGUCGAAUAUCCCGCGGCUGGCGGGCUGGUUGCGGACAGAUUUGGCUGUUGGAACUGCUUUCAAGGAGCAAAACGUUACUUAUUAACAGAAGACGUUCUGCAGUUACGUAAAUUUCAAGAAAAGAAAUUGGAAAAUCAAUAUAAAAUAUAUGGACAAAAAGAUGAGUUUUUCAGAACUGUUGAAAAAAAAUUAGCAAAUGAUACCCUUAUCCUCAAAAUCGAAUUAAUAAAUCUACUUUAUCUAUGUCAAUCCAAAAAUGAAAUAGAAUUAGUCAAAAGAGCCAUAUACAGGUAUCACAAAGAGAACAGAAACAGAGCUUUUGGGGAGUUCAGAUUUGGACCCAUAUUUAUGAGAUUAUGCUAUGAACUAGACCUUGAAGCAGUUGCACUGGAACUCAUCAAAGACCAGACUCUAAAUGGCUUCUUUGGAGAUUACAAAUCAUUCAAUAUAUUAAUGGACAUGUUAUUUGAAAAGGGCCAUUAUGAAGAUGCCCUCAAUGUGCUAUUAGAAAUGGACAGGGAAAAUGUCAGAUUCAGCCAAGACACCUACUUGCUUGCAUUUGCAAUAUGCUACAAACUGAACAGCCCAGCAUCUUGGGAAAUUGUUAAUUCAUUACUUGAAGAUAAGCAUCUCUAUGGGCAUGAGCUUUCAAGAAGAACACAAUAUUUUAUAGUGGCACUUGCUCUAAAACAGAAUGAUUUUUUGAAGGCCCAGUACUAUUUUUCACAGUUGCAGCCUACAGAAAGUAUAAUAUAUGAUAAUCUAAAGAUUCUUCUUUUGGUUGCCUUUGGAAAUCUAAAGACUCUUGUGCAAACACUGGAAAAAGCUUCAAAAUUCGAUACAUAUUUUGUGAGAAAACCUAACUUCUGUAAGGAUGUGAUAAUUGCUGCCAGGGAAAAACUAGAACUCGAUCCAGACCUCAUUAUUCAGUUUGAAGAAAUUGUUACCAAGUUAAAAGUCUCAGGACAGAUAAAUGAACUGACUCUGGAUGACCUGCUGUGUGAGGUCCCACAUCCCAAAGGGUACAAAAUGCAGCUGUUGAAAGAAACAAAACGGAGUCAACGGACUUUACAGCCUCUCCAGUCUUUUCUGCUAACUGAUUGAGUGCACUUUCCCCAUCAGGAAUUCUGUCCUAGAAUACACAUGUCUUUCUUACAAGAUUUUCAUUUAGUGUGGGUUUUUUUGGAGGAAUACUGAUAAUCACAAAUUACAUGAAUGGUUUUGCUGGUAUAUUUCCAAGUAAAUAAUGCAAAAACCUAACAUAACUGCAUAAUAGGCAUUUUGCAGAAACAGUUUAAAAAAUCUGCAGGGAAAAUUAGAGUUUGCCACGCUCAUGAAGGCUUUUCUUGAUUUCAUAUUAUCAUGUUCAUUGGUUUUUAUUGGAAAGAAAGUGAUAUGGAGAAGAUAGAAAUGACUUUCCCUUGCUCUGUUCUGCUGAGCAAUUCACUAAAGGGAAGAACCUCUGUUAGAUAAUGUUACAUAGUGUUGAGCUAAAGCAGUGGUUCUCAACCUGUGGGUCGGGACCCCAUUUGGGGUCAAAUGACCAUUUCACUGGGGUCACCAAACCACACUGUCCGCCAUUUUUUUCCCUUUUCCCUAGCUGUCCUACUCCCUCUUAUUGGUGGCCACACCCACUUGGGGGUCACCACAACAUGGGGAACUGUAUUAUGGGGUCACGGCAUUAGAAAGGUUGAGAACCACUGGGCUAAAGAGAUGCAAGUUCAGGUCCGCACUUAGCCUCAAAGUUCACUGGGCUUUUGGGGGCUAUUAACAUACCACAUUCACCCAUGGUCACUUAAGCAUGAUUGUGUUAGUAACCAAAUUAACUAGAUUUAUUCAAUAUGCCAAACUAACUACAGGAGCUAGAUUUGUACAACUAUUAAGUCAAAGUCAAAUAAGGCCCAUUUGGAUUGAGUUCACCAAACUGGUCUGCUUAAAUAUAAUUACUUUGUGAAUUAUUAUUAUUAUGUUUUUAUCCUACAUUUAUUUGUCUUUCUGUCUCAGUAGUGAACAUACCUAACACUCCUGUCUAUUAUUUUCCCCUUGAUAACCACCUUGUGAGGUAGAUGGGACUGAGAGAGAGUGCCUGGCUCACAGACAUCCAUGUGUAAGAGAGGCUUACAAUUCAAUCUGCUGGUUUCUAGAGUAGCACCUUUACCGCCACAGAUAGUCCUUAACUUACAAACACAAUUGGAACCAAAAUUUACAUUAUAAAUUGAUAUGGUUGUAAAGUAAGUCAUUGCAUGACCGAAUCCAAUUUUAAAAUCAUUUUACCGCUCAUUAAGUUGCUGUUAAAUGAAUAAAUUGGGUGUUAAGCAAAUCUGCCUUCACCAAUUAACUUUGCUUGCCAAUUAAUCAAUUAAUUUUGCUUGUCAGAAGCCAGCUGGGAAGGUCACAAAUCAUGAUCACAUGAACACAAGACACUGCAACCAUCGUAAAUGCAAGCUGGUCGCUAAGUGCUCAAAUUGUGAUCACAUGACCAUGAGGGUGGUGUGGCAUUCACAACUUUGAGGGUGGGUCUUAGGUUCACUUUUAGCAAGGCUGUCAGAGCUUCAAAUUAUCAUUGAACAGUUAUAAGUAAGUACUACCUGUAUAGCAAACUCGCUCAUGAUAUGGCAAUAUGCUGUAAUACCUAAUUUAUAUUGUUUAUGGUUCAUUGUGUAGUGGAACACAGACCCUUGGACUCAUUCAGAUAGCCAUAACUUAAUUUUGGUAUGGGGCUUCAUAUGCUUUUUAGCAAACCUUUUGGAAACUUCUGAUACAAAGAUCUGUAGAAAACUUGGGAACCCCUUACAAAAUGCCUAUCCUCUCUGCUCUUCCCUCCACCUGUUCCUGAGCCUCCAAUUUAUAACAAAUUCUUCCAUAGUCCUGCCUGAUUUCAAUUUGUCUUGCUGACUUGGAUUGAGAGUUCCUUAUUUUUUUAGCAUGUAUACAUUGUUAUUUUCAUCACGGUAUGUUUACCAAAAUUCAGAAUUGCCUCAGUACUACUUAGGAAACUUUUCAUAAUAUCUUAGUAAGGAGUCAUUUUCUAUGAAAAGGGAUCCUUAAUACUUGAUGGAGCAAGAGCUGCAAAAGCUAUGCUGACAGAAUGGUAGAUAUAAAUAUGAUGCAAAACAUGGAAAUAUCCAGUGCUUUUUUUGUUUAAAAACAAAAAAAGGUUCUGGAACUCACACACGUCAUAUAACCCGCCUUGCCUACCCUACAAGGUUCCAUCCAAAAAAGUGCCGGAACUCCGUUCUGGACAUUCUAUGAUUAAAAAAAGCCCUGGAAAUAUCCAAGAAACUGAAAUCCUAAGCACUCUGAGGUGGAAAUAAGUAUUGUUGAAUUAAAAGUAGUUGGGGUCAGUCUGAACUGUAUGUAUAAUGUCUGUAUCAGACACAAAUCAACAAGAUUUUGUUAAUUUCCUUUAAAUAGAUUAGUAUAUAGCAACAAAAACAUUUCUAAGUACUAUCUUCAAAUAAUGUUUUAAAUGACUUUAGAAAAAGAUAAUGUAGGAACUGACUUUUUAUUUUUAAAUGUCUUGUCAAAACACUGAAACAGACAGUAGAGGGUGCAGUAUUCAUUAUUUAUAAAACUAUCCAUCUGAUUUGAAUGGUGAAUGCAAAUUAUAUUGGAG